GAGCUCAGCACCGCCGGUCCAUUCUCUUCGGUUGAUACUUCUCAACUGUAUACUUCAGUUCUCUCUCUAUCCUAGCCUUGACUUCACACUCAACUCAACCCCACCUCAGUCAAAAUGAAGGCUGCCUUCUUCGCCCUCUUCACGUUGGCCGCCUCGGCCCUUGCCUCGCCCUUGCUCGCCGACAAGCGGCAGCUCGAGACCCAGGCUGACGAGAUCGACAAGCUGACCGAACUUGUCAAGGUGCACACAGCCAACAUCAACAAGACAACGGCCGCGGUGCAGGACAACCCUUCCGUAGCGCAGCAGAACGAGGCGGCCGCCGCCCUGGCCCCGGACCUGCAGGCCAUCACCAACGCCCUCACCUCGGCCACCACCUCCCUCCUGACCAAGCGCGCCGUUGUCGUUGCUAGAGGUGGUGGCUGUGACAAGGACUGCCUUACGGUCAAGGUCCAGCUGCUUGUCUGGGAGAUUGCUUGUACUCUCAAGUUUAUCAUUGUCAAGCUCGGUCUUGACUGUGUCCUUGUAUACCUCCUGCCGCUGCUGCUUUCGUUGGUUGGACUCGUCAAGGCACUGGAGGUGGUCGUUGUUGGUUUGCUUAUUGUGGUUAAAGGGCUGCUGACGACGGUGCUUGGCGCCGUGGCGGGUGCGCUGCUUGCUUUGAUCUUCUAA